GGCUCCCCAGUGUUCUAUCAGUUUUUUCAAUUUUUUUUUAUUAUUGAUAUUUUUCGAUUGACGGAUUUUCGUCGACGUCAUUUACCUUCUACUGAUUAUAAUUUCGCUAAACGUUUUUUGUCCGCUACACAGAAAUACGAUCUGAUUACUUGAAUAUUCUUACGGUUUUUUUUAUAUACGCUGUUGUUGUAUUGAACGUUUCGUGUGAGUUUCAACGGUUUAUAGACGAGCGGCGUCAAGUCCAACAGCUCGUAUUUUUUUUUCAUAUUAGUUUUACUUUCUGCGUGUGUAAACGCAAUGGAUGAAGAAUACGACUGCAUUGUGCUAGGCACUGGUCUCAAAGAAUGCAUUCUGUCCGGCAUGUUGUCCGUCUCGGGUAAGAAGGUGCUACACGUCGAUCGCAACAAGUACUAUGGUGGCGAGUCCGCAUCGAUCACACCUUUGCAGGAGCUAUUCCAGAAGUUCGGGGUGAAAGAACCUGAUGAAAAAGAAUAUGGACGUGGACGUGACUGGAAUGUCGAUUUGGUGCCUAAGUUCCUUAUGGCCAACGGUCUACUGGUAAAAUUACUCAUACAUACGGGCGUGACGCGCUACCUGGAGUUCAAGUCAGUUGAAGGUAGCUAUGUGUAUAAAGGCGGUAAAAUCUAUAAGGUGCCGGUCGACCAGAAAGAAGCGCUGUCAUCUGAUCUGAUGGGCAUCUUUGAGAAAAGAAGAUUCAGAAAUUUCCUAAUAUUUGUACAAGACUUCCAAGAAGACGAUCCAAAAACAUGGAAGGAUGUUGACCCACAGCGUAUGUCUGCUUAUCAAUUGUACACCAAGUUUGGGUUGGACAAAAAUACUCAAGAUUUCACUGGUCAUGCUUUGGCUCUCUAUUUGAAUGAUGACUACAUUAAUGAGCCAGCUGCCAACUUGAUUAGGCGAAUUAAACUGUACAGUGAUUCAUUGGCUCGUUACGGUAAAAGCCCAUAUCUGUACCCUUUGUAUGGACUUGGAGAAUUACCUCAAGGAUUUGCUCGUCUCAGUGCUAUUUAUGGUGGUACAUAUAUGUUGAACACUCCUGUGGAUGAAAUUGUUUUUGAGGGAUCAAGUGUUAUUGGAAUUAAAAGUGGUGGUGUUGUUGCUAAAUGUAAACAAGUAUUCUGUGACCCAUCCUAUGUUAAAGAUCGCGUUAAAAAAACUGGACAAGUUAUUCGUUGCAUAUGCUUAUUGAAUCAUCCAAUACCAAAUACCCGUGACGCACUAUCAACUCAGAUAAUUAUACCUCAGAAUCAAGUCAAUCGUAAGUCAGACAUAUAUGUUUCAUUAGUAAGUAACACACAUCAAGUAUCUUCUCAAGGAUGGUUUAUCGCUAUGGUGUCAACAAAAGUUGAAACAAACAACCCAGAAUUGGAGAUUAAGCCAGGUUUGGAUUUGUUAGGAUCUAUCAAACAAAAAUUUGUGUCCUUUUCUGAUUAUUAUGAACCUAUCGAUGAUGGAAAAGAUAGUAAAGUAUUUAUUUCAAAAUCAUAUGAUGCAACAUCACAUUUUGAAACUACAUGUUUGGAUGUAUUGGACAUUUACAAACGAGCAACUGGAGAAGAGUUUGAUUUUUCUAAAAUUAAAUUAGAAAGUGAAGAAAUGUAAAAAUUUUUUUACGUGCAUUCUUAUCAUAAUUUCUUAAUGAGAAAUUGUUUCCAUUUCAUAUUAUAUCAUAAUAAUUUAAUAGCCAAAUAUUGGUAUAUCUACAAUUUUUUUGUUAUUGAAAAUAUUGCAGUCAAAUUAUACAUUUUCAAUGGGUGAAGUAGCUGGUGCCUCCUAAUACCUUAAUUUAAGAAUAUCAUAGUAGAAAUAUCUUAUUAAUUAAAAUAAAAUUUUUAAUAAUACCCUAGAUAAACUUAGAAACAUUAAACAUAAGAUAUACACAUUUUUGUAAUUAUUAUUUUAUUUUUAUUCUUUUAUUCUUUUUUUUUUUGUAAAAAAAAAAAAUGUUUUAUUUUAAGUUGUACCUGUUUUUUUAAGUCAUUUUUACAUUUAUUGGCGUAACACGUAAUAAUGUUUACGGGUGAUUUUCUUUAUGCAUAAAAAGUUCUGUGUGGGCAGUAUGAAAUUUUAAUAAACCUACAUACAAUUUAAA